AUAUAUAUGCGAUUCUUUCUGAGGGUUAAAUUGACAUUACGCCCGUCCUACUGUCCUGUGAUUGCAUAAUUGUAUUGACGGCGUCGGAAAAUCUCGCAAUCUCCGAUCAAAUUGGCUAGUUUCAGUCGCCGGAGCAGACAAUAUGAAAAGAAGAGAGAUAGUUGAGAAGAAGAAGGCGAUUAGUGAGAUUAUCAAGGCUGCGUCUGCUCCGGAGAAGGAUCAUUUGUGUUUGUUUUCGCAGUUUCGGCAUUACCAGUAUAAGGGUCACUCCUUUUACUUGAAGUCAGGACGCGGGGAUAAACUCUCAUCAAUUCUAAAGCACCAUAUUCAAAAUAUCCUUAAGAUUAAUAUGGAAAAAGUAUAUGGAUCUGAGUGGCCAUCUGAGGAAAAGAGUAAGCGCAAGGAAAUGGUUUCGCCAGAAGCGCGCUAUAUAUUUAUAUACGAGACUGCAAAUAGUGAUCCUAACCAGAUGUCUGAAUCAGUUGGAGGAAGAGGCUCUCAAACUGUUUGUGCAAACGAUACAGAGACUAUUGUUGGAUUUGUGCACUUCCGAUUUACUUUAGAAGAAGAAGUACCUGUUCUGUAUGUAUAUGAACUGCAGCUUGAGCCUCAUGUUCAAGGAAAGGGCUUGGGAAAUUUCUUGAUGCAACUAAUUGAGCUUAUAGCAUGCGAGAAUCGUAUGAGUGCUGUGGUGCUAACUGUUCAAAAAGAAAAUCUCUUGGCUAUGAACUUCUAUUUAAGUAAACUAAGGUACACAAUAUCUAGUAUAUCACCGUCAAGAGUCAAUCAACUGACAGGACCUGAGAAAAGUUAUGAGAUUCUUUGUAAAGUAUUUGGUGUUGAAGCUAAAGCAGUUCUUGAGGGCUAGCAUGCAUGGGUAAAAUAUAUUGAUUACUUCAAGGCAGAUGCUUCAAAAACAAAGCUGCAGAUCUACAAGCUUAGACAGAGUGGCAAGGGAAUUUGGAAUUUUGCCAGUGAGACCAUUGUUUCCCAGAUAGACUCUUCUCAUCUGAUUCAUACCCUUAAAAGCAUCACCAGGAAUCUCUCCAGAAAAGUUGUUAUUUGCCAGGUAGAGUGUUCGAAGAGCGCGGAUUUUGUUGAUGUUACUAGGAAUUGGUCCGUCAAAGUUGUUGUUCAUGAAGCUCACAGAACGCAGAGUUGGCAACUUUGACAGGGAAUCAAAAUUUAUGGUGCCUGAAAGCCCCAUGGAUUCAAGUUGCAACCCAUUUAAGACGUUUGCUUUGCAAAGCAAGCCAUUCCAGUUCGCGUUGUUACCAUUACACGGUGAAACAUCUUUAUUCCAAUUUUCUAGUGCACCGGCAUUUGAUAAUGUUUUUUUGAAAUCCAGAAGAAUUUCUGUUUCUGAAUCAUCAGACAACCCGACAGCGAUGCACAUUAACAGUACAAAGAGCAAAAUAGCCCGCCUCAUUAUUUUACAACUUUUGUCCUGCUCGUGUGCUCUGCUUCUCCGAAUUCUCAAUGCAGCUCUUCUUCUUCUGCAGUGCCUGAGAAUAGAGUUAUGUUUGUGUGUAAGAAAUGCAAUAACGAAAUGUGCUCGGGGAGGGACAAAUAAGAAGGAUGGUAAUUGGUAUUGACGAGGUCUUUCCUGCAAGCUAUGAGCUGUUUAAAUCAAGCCGGCAUCGCUCAGUUUCAACACAGUGUUGGCCAGUUUGGCUUGAUGGCAUGCUUAAGAUAAUCUGGUAUUUGUAGUUUCCUUGUUUACUAUGAUGCUGACAUAUAAUACUACUAAAUUAUAUGCAUAAUCUUGUUUGCUCUUGUUAUUGAUGAUUAAGUUUUUUAAUCUGUAUUGUAAUCUCAGCCGUCUCACUACUACUUACAACCGUAUUGAAACAAUCUAAAUUCUUCAUAGUAGUAUUUUGAUAUCCAA